UAUUUAGGACAUUAGGCUUGGGAGUUCUUUGGACACAUGGGCACGAAAUGAGUAAUGUAGUUGGGCUUCUUCAACGUUCACCAUUCAGAGGCAGUCACUUACUUUGGACCAAACUUUUGACAGACUUACUUCUUACUUUACUUUAUGUACAAAAAAGUGCAGUUCAGUAGUAGAUCUAGAUCUAGAAUCUAGUAGGCCUAUCAGUAGAGUGUCACUGUCGCUCCAGUUACUCAGUCGCUGAGAUAGAGAAGACAAGACGAGGACAAGGACAGGGAGGAUUGUUUUGUCUCACACUCACUGACGUGUGGAACUUUCGCGUUGUCAAGACCGCCUUGUCUCUCCCUUUGUCUCGUGCGUCCGACUGUGUGAAUCACCAGUGUGUCCCGGGCUGUUUCUGCAGGAUGUGGGUGUAGGAAGUCGCGGAACAACAGCCACUCCCCCCCUGCCCCGCCCCGCCCCCUUCUCCGAGGUUGUGAGGACACCGAGCGGUCGUUGUUGAUGUGCAUGGGACGAGGAACGACUCCACAGGCAAGGGAAGUAACUCGCACGACUGAAGACUCUCCGCUGCUGUUUUCCUUGUUGCUUACCUCCCCUUGCUGUCUGGUAUCCUUGGUCGGUGGACUAACGUUGGUCGCGUUCUCUGAUUGAUGAAAGGGAAGGGAAGCGUGACUCCGUGUUUGUUUGAUAGGAGGAGCUCGGAGAUGCACAUUCUGAAUGUGUUUCUGUCUCGGGACUUGAGCUACAGCACUUGACGAGUUUUCCUAAAACAUUGUGUGUGUAACGUGUAACGUGCCGUGUGUGUAACGCGCUGUGUGCUUUUAUUUCGUGAAAAACAGGCAGUUUCGAAGAAAAAUCUGUGGUAGGAAGUGCUUCAGAUUGAGGUCUUGUUCACACUACGCAACCGACGCCUCUUUGAAGAAAUAAGAAUAGUCUUCUGAUUGGCUGAGACCUCCCAACUCGCCGUUUUCUGAUUGGCUUAGAAGUCGUGAGAGGUGAGUUUGGAAGGAAUCGUUUACACGACCCAUUUCUCUGAUCACCAUGGCGACAGGACCGGACGAACAGUACGACUACAUAUGGAAAGUGGUGCUGGUAGGCGACUCGGGCGUGGGGAAGACGAACCUUCUGUCUCGCUUCACCAAGAACGAGUUCAACAGCGAAAGCAAGAGCACCAUCGGAGUGGAGUUUGCCACGCGACAUAUCACAAUCAAAGGCAAGACGAUCCGCGCACAGAUCUGGGACACCGCGGGGCAGGAGAGAUACCGCGCCAUUACGGCCGUGUACUACCGCGGGGCGGUGGGGGCGCUGGUCGUCUAUGACAUCACAAAGACGCAGACCUUUGAGAACUUGGAGAAAUGGCUGCAGGAACUUCGGGAACACGCGGACGGAUCGGCGCGGAUCAUGGUGGUCGGCAACAAGACGGAUCUGAGACAUCUGCGCGCUGUCACUCAGGAGGAGGGGAGGGUGUUGGCUG